UUAGUCAACUGCCAGCAAUCAUUCGUAUUUUUGCCGUCGGUUGAUCAGCACACGCGCGUGUAUUUCCUUUCUGUGUGCGCCCACCGCAAACAUUGGCUCCGUUGGUGAUAUUCGCGGUCCUGCACGAAUCUGUAGAAAAUCUUCGUUCAUAAUUGUUUCUAUCCUAAACCAAGUUCUGUUUCGGUUUCGUACAAUAUAUCGCCGCGUGUUUGGUCUGCUUGUUAUUCAUAACCUGAACAUUGUCAUCUCAAAUUCUGUCAACAGCGAAAGAAGCACCACUAGAACAACGUCAUUGAAAGCAUCAAGGAUUACGCAUCAAAGCUGGCGACAGUUUCCAAAUUGAGCCGAACAAACCUGCGUCAAAAUAAAAACGCUUUGAAAGUACGAAAAACAAGUGAUGUAAAGUGAAAUCAAGUGCUUUUACUUCAGUGACCAAUAAAUUCACACAUACACAUAACAGCCUGGUCGUUUAGUAUUCAAGUAGAAGAUUGUGAGGAUAGGGGCAAGUUAAAUAAAAGUGUAACAAGUGCGAAUAAAUCAAGACCCAGUAUAUUGUGGUACGAAGGAGAAGAAAUAAGGUGCACAAAAAGCUAACUCAAGGGAAAUAUACUCAAUCAUCCAACAGCUGCGAGCAACUUGCAUAAUGUAAGGUGAACAAACGUGAGUCAUAUUAGCUAGAUCAGCGUGCAUUACAAGCUUAUUAUAAUUAUCAAGCGCAAAGAAACACGAAGAUUUCUGCAAGUGUAGAUCGAGUGAGAUCAUUUCUACACAGAAAGUGCAUAGACACAUCAACAAGCGCGCGAAAAAUAAUUUUUCGAUUGAAUCAAUCAUCAAAUCGUUUUCGUUUAAUCAACAACAACAAUAACGUCAAGCCAACUAGCCUUUAAAAUCAUUAACAACCAAUCGUUAUCAUCAUUAGUCGCGGUGUGCUCCUCAAAAUCAGUGUCGCCUGAUACUGCCGGAUCCGUCAAAACGUCCUCCAAGAUGAGGAUAAAACGGGAAUCGACAUGCCUUGGAUUGCGCCUGAUGCCCACGACCAAACUCGCGAUUCACAAUCCUCAUAAAAGACACAAGGAUACCUGCGACGAUUCAUCCAUCACACCUGGAGCCCGGAUCCCACUGGCGCGGAGUUGUUCUAGUCCAGCCGUUUCCUAUGACAUCGAAACGCAUCCCGCAUCGCCCGUAUUUCCACAUCUAUUGCUCGGCAACGGCCGGGACGCCAUCGACCCGUCAACCGUGGGAGCAAACUGCGUGCUGAAUGUGACCUGCCAACAACCAGCGGCCAGCCUGCUAAAACCGGGACUAGAGUACAAACAAAUUCCCGCCAGCGAUACGCCUCAUCAGAAUAUCAAGCAGUACUUUCAGGAGGCCUUCGAAUUUAUUGAGGAUGCCCGCGAGAAGGGCUCCACCGUGCUGCUGCAUUGCCAGGCCGGAAUUAGCCGCAGUGCCACGAUCGCGAUUGCGUAUGUUAUGCGCUACAAAGCCGUUUCCCUGCUGGAGGCUUACCAGAUGGUAAAGCUGGCCCGGCCCAUUAUUUCUCCGAAUCUGAAUUUCAUGGGUCAACUGUUGGAACUAGAGCAGGCGUUGAUCGCCGACGGGAAGCUCGAGCCACCCCCACCGUCGCCGAUAGUGCCGCCCAGUCAACCACCCUUUUUCCUCAUCAACAACUGUAGCAAGUUUAGUCAACACGACGAGGAAAUGGACGAGGACGACGACAACAAAAACAACAACCGGGACAGCGGUUGCAGUACCGCCAGCAGUAGCAGCACAAGCACCAGCUCUACCAGAAGUAGCAUCGGCCACGGUCUCAACGGUCGGUGUCCGCCGCGAUUGAUGCUAAGACUGCCGACUUCGCCACCGUCAUCUCCUUCGUCACUUUCCUCGCCCUCAUCACUGUCAUCAUCUUCCUCAACGCCCUCGCCCACCCAGUCACUGGCUCCUAUCCCAGCGACGCCCGUUAGCACAAUCGCUCCCAGCUCGUUUCCCGCCUGCAGCACAAGCAGUAGUUCCGGCAUGCGGCCAGCAGCAUCCAGUUCGCGCUCAUGAUCAGAUAUAAGCUUGCUAGAGUUAAUUUUUUCGUCCCUCUAUUAUGUAUUCUUAAAUUUUGUGUGAUAAACAACAACUAUUUUUAAUGUCAGAGCUAAUUUAUGCAAUUUUAUAUGAGCGCUUUGUAAAUAGUAGUCUAUAUGAUUUUUCUCCAUUGGGCCUAGCUUAUACCUCGCGGCAAAAUGGAAAAUCCAUACAAAAAACGCAUUUUUUGCUAACUGGGAAAUUCUAAAUCAGCAAACUUUUUCUUCGUGAACUCCAAUCAACUUGAUAGGUGUAGAAAAAUCGUUAAUUAAACUUUGUUUCGCAAAGCAAAAGCAAAAAAGCAUACUGAAUUCAGAAUAGGUUAAUGCAGGAGUGACUUUAUAGUAAAAAAGAGAACAAAAAAUCAUUAAUCAAGAAGGUCUAGUUCCCUCGUAUCAGAUUUAUCAUUUCUAAAAGGUAUAAGCCUAGCGCCUCAGUUGAAACAUUGCAUUGGAAUAUUUCCUUUCAUGAAAGGUAAAUAUGGAUGUUUUUGUAAUGAGAUAAGCGAAUCCUCCAUAUCAAUUGUUUCAAAAAAAAAACAUAUUUGUUAAAAAAAACAAGAGUCUAAAACUGGUGAUGCAUUUAGCACCAUCACCUCUCCCGAUCGUCAGCACCAACAAAUCAAGCUUGCUGCUGCCGCGCUACCAGAGCAACUCAUUGCCGCCAUAUUUGUUUUUCACCUUUCAAACAAACAAUAAAAAUAUAAAGAAGCAAACUCUAGUCUCAUUUAACGUUUAAGUUACUGUUUAAUGUAUGCCAAUAUUUGUUUGUACUGAGGAAUCAUAGUUUCACCAGCAAGCUAAGAAAAAAAAAACAAAUAAAAAUCAGUUUAUUUCAAUCAAUGUCAACACACAUUCAA